CUAAUCUGUAUCCGUUCUACGUUAAGCCUCCGUUACGCUACCGUCAAACUAUCUUAUUCAUCGCUCAACAACUGUGUUGUUUCUCAAUCAUUCUUCUCUAUCGAGUGCAAAGGAAGCUUGUCUGCAAGAGUGCAAGACCCACCCGUCGAGCAGGGACAGAGACUCAGCGAUGCAUCCCCCGGUGGGUGUGCUCCUCUCCCUGUGGAUGAGGGGGAAGUGUUAGGCCAAUCGACCAUCAAGUGCUAAAGGAAAAGACGGUAGCGGGUGGGUGAAGAACAGAGCCCCUGUCUGAAGCAUAACCAGAGGAGUGGAUUUCGAAAGAGUGGGACAAACGCAACGAAAUUCAGUGAAUACUGAUUACACCUCCAUGGAAGUUGCCAGAUCAGCCAUUACGGGAGUAAAUGAUCAGAAUGACCUUCAAUGGGGCUGGGAUGAUGAUGACACAGGCGAGGGCAUGGAUAUUCAAGCACUUCCAGGGCUUGAACUCAUAGCCAUUAUCCUUGUCAUCGCUACAUAGGCAAUUUUUUUUUAUUACGGUAGGUGUCUGGACUAUUUGGUUGACUAACCCUCAAGUAGCCCUUCCAGGGCUCGAACUCAUGACCUCAAAAACCAUCGAGAGAUCUCUUCAACACCACUUCAUGGAAAAUGUUGAAUUUAUCCAAGACCAGAUGUAAUGCCAUCUUAAGCCUUGUACCAUCAUCAACCUGUAAAUUAUAAAAAAAAAAUCAUCACAUAGUAGAUGGUGGUGUUUGGUGUUGCUUAGGGGUGAAUGGUAGGAUUUGAGGUAGGAUUUGAGGUGGUGUUUUCCAUGGGCUUGAUUUUUUGUUUUGAUUCAGAAAGGUCUCCUUUACGCUAUCUGUCGAUUGAACAAUGUUGGCCAUAGUAGAUUCCAAUUUGCUUACACGUUCAGCGAGAACCUGCAAUCUACAAAAGAGGUUGUUGAUCGAAGAUGCGAAAUCAACUUUUAGUUCAAAAGCUCCUGCAUCAUUUCAAUGAAUUACAAUUUACAAUACUAAGGAUGGAGAAGAAUAAGAAGACUGCUUCAUCUGAGAAAACUGGUACCUUCACCGACAAAUAUGUAAUUGAUCCAAAGCAGCCCCAGCCCCAGCCCCAGCCCCAGUCCCAGGUUAUGAUGAAUAGUAAGAUGAUGGUAAAAGGAAGGUCGAUGUUGACAUCAACAUAGUUCUCACUUCUUGAAGAGGUUGAAGAGAUGAGUAGGGAGGAGGAAGCAGUGAACCAGAAAACAGAGGGUAGAAUAAAUGAAGAACAUAAAGAGAUGAGUGCACAGAAGGUGUCUGAGAAAGAGGUACGUGAGUGCACAGAGGUCUUCGGCUGAGAUACAUAUCAACAGAGGAAGAUUUUCCUGAGUAUGAGGGCUAUUCAUCUUCACACAGAAACCUGGGGAAUUAGAUGUAAAUUGGUAACACAUGAACGAGGUUUGGUUGUCUUUCGGAUAAAAAACAAAUGAAGAAGAUUGAACAAAAGUACUUAUGGAGGGGCCUAAUGUUGUCACGGGGAGAGCACUAAUGUUAAAAAAUAUGCAGGCACGGUUUAGUUAUGAUGAUGAGGAGUUCUUGAGAGUACCCAUGUGGACUAUACUGCCUCAAACUACCUAUGGAUUGUUGGAAGGAGGAGAUAUUAGGAAGAUCGCUUCAAGAGUUGGCUUGCCUAUAUUCAAUCACGGUAUUACUAGUGAGUAGUGACAACUGACAAGAUGAGAUUGGAUUAUGCUAGAAUAUUGGUGGGAGUUGAUGCUUCUAAGCCUCACACUUUGUUUGUCGAUAUCAAGCUUCCCUCUAGGCAGAAUAGAAGACAAUUCAUCAUCUAUGAGACCUUCCCUAAUUACCGUUUUCACUAUAAAAAGCAUGGACAUGAUGCUUUUACGUGUAAGCCCCUCCACCAGCUAGAAAGAAAAAAAAAACAAUUGGGGAAGGAUCAUAUAGUUUACUACACCACAGAUUCAAUUGGGGAGAUCUUAACUCUGGUAGACACUGAGCUGUGGGAGAACAAGGCUGAUGAUAUUGUAAAGGAUGAUGCGGUACUAGAACCCAGUAAAUAUCGAAGGAGCUAACAUCUUACCUAAUCCUUGUGAGGAAGUUUCUGCUAUAAAAAGGGAAAAAGAGAAGGUUGCUCGGGAAGAGAAACGGGAAAAGGAAACACUAUUUAUAGCAUUUUUCAUUGAAGCAUCUAACCACACACUUUGUAGAUAUUCUGGCUUUGUAGUUUUGGCACUUAUCCUCGGAGGAUUUAGUUUUCCAAAUAUUGGGGACACCCUACUAUGUGUGAACAUAUCUAAAACAAGUGUUCCAAAUAUGAUGAACUUGUUCCUCACGAUUUCAAUCACUAGAUGAUGACUCCACUCAAAACUAAAUUGCUGGAUUAAUUCGAAACUUGUUCCU